AUGUUUGAUAAGUGUUUGUUUGUUGGUCUUCGUCAAAAUUCACAACGCUUCAUCGAUCCGUUGGACUCAUUUCGUCAAGGGGAAGCUAUGACUCCAAACUGGAAAGCGAGGUUCUGUGGUAAAGUAACGAAACACGACCGCUCUGCUGAGAGCACCCUAAUCAGAGGCAAUGACUUCGACAAAUAUUACGGUAUUGCUCCGAUGGCCGGCUUCAAACGCGAUUCGCCAGGUCUGAUGAGAUUCGGAAAACGAGCAUCGAUGAUGCAGUAUGAAAAGAGCCAACUCCCCGGAAUGAUGCGUUUCGGCCGAAAUUACGUUCCCGAUACUUACAGUGACUAUUUAAAUGGUGAGGCGCUAACCAACACCGAAUAA